AUGUUGAUGCAUGAUCACCGUUUUGUUUGUAUUUAUGGUCAGUCUGAAGUUGGCGCAGCCGAGGACGAAGAGAUCCACGCUCCGUUGCAUGUCUGCUUUGGUCGUAGUACUGAGUACACAUUCACCGGCGUAGAGCAGAUCGUGGAAAGUAGCUGUGAAGAGACGCGUCGGGACCUGCAUUCGCCGGCCGUUAGGAAGGUGCCCGUCGGUCCUGUAGGCGGUUCAGAUACUGCGGCGCUUAUCGCGUUAGGUUUCCAUCAACAUGGCGGAAAACAUGGGGCUAAAGAGGGUGGGCACGAGUACGCACUCCUUCACCCUAUUGCUCACUGCUAGUGCAUCGAAGAUUGCGCCGUCGUCCGUGACGCGCGCCAUCAUCCUAUAGUGAAGCCGUGACGCACCAUAUGCGUAAAUCGCUCAGGACAGCCGAACUUCUGCAUGAUUUUCCACAACCCUUCGCGAUUUACCGUGUUAAAGGCCUUCGCUAGUUCCACGAAGGUGUUGUGGAGGUGAGUCUGUAUCUCCUGACACUUUUAUUGUAGCUGACGGGCGGCUCUAGGUGGCCGUUGAGACGACUGAGGAGGACGCGGGCGAAUACCUUCCCGGCGAUGCUGAGUAGCAAAAUGCCUUUUUGAUUGUCACAUAGUUGCCGGUCCUCUGUCUGUCUGCAGAAGUAAACGAUGGUUGUGUCCUUGAGAUCCCGAGGAACUUGUCCACAGCGCCACACCUGAAAUAACGCCUUGAGUUGGUCUAUCAGUCGGUGGCCGCCGUGCUUGUAGAUUUCAGCUGAUAUCGCAGCAGAGCUUAGCGCUUUCCCUCUGGCCAGUUGUUGCACUGCGCCGAUGAUAUCUGGGAGAGAGGGCGGGAGAUACCGGUCGGUGUUGAUGCCCACUUUGGGGAGCCUGUCGAUGGCGGCGUCGGAGCGGUUGUGGACGCUUCUGAAGUUCUUGGCCCGGCGCUUCAGAAUCUGUGACUUGACCGUCAAAAGCGUUUAUCCAUCGGAGCUGAGCAGCGGCGCAGUUCCUCUCUUUGGGGGACCGUAGAUUACCUUGAUCGUAACAAAGUCCUUUUCUUCGUCGCGGUUGGCAUAUCCUCGAGUCUCCUCGGCUUUGCGAGCCAUCCAAGCAUCCUGUACUUUUUGCGAUCGUUACUGCGCAAGACGGUGACAUUGGUAGACGACUGAUUAGUUCGCAUCGGCUAGACUCUCAAGGUGGGAUCUGUGCAGCCUAUUCUCCUCGGCGAGCAGAUUACCGAUGACUGCGUCAUUGUCGUCGAACCAGUCCUGGUGUUUGUGACGUGCGCCGUCGAGGAUACCGAAGGCGGUCGAAUGGACGGCGUCUCACAGUUGACACUGAACUCUGGCUUAUCGUACAUAACACACACGCACACUCACUAACUUCCUGCCAUGGUCGCGGCGGAGAUUCCAAGCGAUCUGUAAAAUUAUAUCUGUACAGCGUUGCAUCUCACAAUCACAGUGGGAGCCCUUACCGACAGGCAAGGUGCCCAUUUAAUCGUCCUCUAUGCGAUGCUGUGAGCCAAAGGAGCUCCUGAGGGAGCCUAUUCAUUUUCUGCCUAAGCCCUCGUCUGAACAUUGUUGGGGCAAUGCAGACUUUCAGAAAUGGGCUCGCGAUUGCCAGACCUGGGUGGCUACUAAGCAUGCAUAUGGCAGCCGGGUAUUUAGGCUUUAUAUCACGUCUUAGCCUUUUCAUAUCACUGAACAAUUGGAGAUGUGAUAGAAAAAAAGGUAAUUAUUGCGGAUGACCUCAUUCAAUCCCAUCCACAGAUCUCCGCUAUCUGCCUAGAGGAUACUAGUCACCAUUGAAUACGACUGACGAUGCAGUCUGGAGGGUCUGUUGUUUAAAGUCUGGACACGUAUGGCUUGUUCAAUGAACAUACCCACAACGGGUUAUCCUUUCAUCUGUAUCUCUUUGUGGAAGGCGUCAUUUUACUUCUACCCCUUCAACAGUCGACACUUCAUCUGAAAGUUGUCGUUUUUGUGAAAUCCACCAAAACCUUCCAGUCUUGCGGCAGAGCACAAGUUAAUAAAGUCACUCGGUAAACCAAUCGGAAGUAAAAAGAUGAUACAUAGAUGCGCCUCUGACUUUCAAACAAUUGGUCUCUUUUUAAAUAGGUAUGUGUCUACAGAAAUACCUGUCGCACUAUUAGACGUUAAACUUCUCUUCGUCCCAGUUGAUUUUACUUUCUGUGUUUUCUUUGAAUUUCCAGACUGAGCUCUCCUGGGCCCUCAUUCUAAAAUGAGCCAGGUGAGGCCACCUUUUAGGCGACCAUAUAGAUUGGCCCACCAGUCCUUGUGCAUAACGCAAAUUGAUUUCUCACAACAGCUCGUGCUGGGCUUUACUCAGCUUGUGAUCUGGCCUCGCACCACUAGCGUGCGUCAGAUAUUCCUCAACGUCCGCCAGUGCCGUAUUCAUCGAGUACUUGUGGAGUCUGCGGAUGAACACUUCCACUCCUCCCUAGACCCCGCCCAAUCCUAUGUCCCCCCACCUCCCACAGACGUGCCAACCAAUUACACCGACCCCUGUCUAGAAAUAUCUAAACGUGACUGCAAAUUACGAACUCUAGAUAGCUUCGAGCGCAGGCAGACCUCGGUAGUCGCGUCCACCGACCCAGACGAAGGCAAUGGGGAAUUGUCCAUUCGCCUUCCACCGGCCUUCCUGGGCGUCGUCUACGAUCUGCGUCCCCUCCUCAUCACUGUAGAGUUUUCCCUUUCGAAACCGAAAUACGGAUUCCAGUUUGUCCUCCCAAGUGCGGGCGACUCACACCCUACUUCGGGCAUGCAUGCCUUCACCUCUGGUCCACCGAACGCUUCUCGGCUCUGGUUCCCUUGCAUCGACUGCAGUGAGCCCUGCACCUGGAAGAUUGAGAUUACAGUGGAUGAGGAUCUGGUUGCAAUCGCGCCCGGUCAACUCCUCGGUCCGCCACAGUAUACCAACGAUCUUAGGUCAAAGACCUAUCAAUUCUACAUGGCGCAACCUGUCUCUGCGCCCUACAUUGGUGUGGCCGUCGGAGCGUUUGAAAUUUACCCGGAUCCUUUACUGCCAAAUGCGGCGACGCAUUUCUGUCCCAAGGGUCUGCUGCCCCUUCUUGAACACACAAUAUCAUCUAUUGCCGGUAUUGUGGAGCAUUAUGAGGCGAUUUUGGCCUCUCAGUUUCCAUUUUAUAACCUCAAGACAGUGUUUGUGGAUCGGGCGUUUGACGACCACCAGUCCUUCGCCUCAUUCAUAGUUUUCUCCGUUGACCUGCUGCACUCAGCACGCAUAAUCGACCAGGCCAUUACCACGCGGCGUAUCUUCUCCUUCGCGGUGGCUCAACAAUUCUUUGGUUGUGCGCUUCAGAUGGAGACAUGGGCUGCCGCCUGGCUACCCUAUGGUAUUGCCGGUUACCUUUCAGGACUCUACCUGAAGCGGAUUCUCGGCAAUAAUGAGUAUCGCAAUUUCAUUGCCAAUGAAAUGCACGCUGUGACAAAUUAUGAACACACCAAGCAUGGCGUCAUACUGGACCCGUCCUCUGUUGUCCUAAAGAGCACCUACUUUAGUCUCAAAUUCCCUCAGGUAAUUCAGUCCCUCUGUUAGUCGAUAGGAUACUGCUCAGUUUACAUUUUUUUGGUGUGAACCCACCUCUGUAGUAUGUGUUGAUAACUCGGAAUAGUAUUCCAUUCACAAAGUCAACUGCAUGCACCUCAAAACUGCGAAAUAGUACCUUCAAUUCUCCAGCUGAGGUUUUGUCAGGUUUGUUCUUCAACUGGCAAACUGCUUGCCUCACGAACCAGCAAAUUCAUAUGAUUGUGUAAGAACUUUUGAAGUUGUUCCGAUUCACAGUAAGUUAGUUGCCUGCGAUUCCCUGCCUCUGCAUCCUGUGAAUGUUUGCGUGUUGUUUUUUGUUUUGUAUUUACGCUCGUGAUGGUAUCUAAACCACCCUGUCGGGACUGCGAAAAAACCACCAUGCUUCUAAAUCCUUUUCAGUUGUGCUCACAAAUAGUAGUUCCCAACCAUUUGUACAUGUGACGGUAUUUCUCCUGACGAAUUCGACCGACUCCACAUUGCUAGUUAACGGUAUUACGAAUCAUCCCAUUCCAUUCUAGUUGGUUGGGGGCAAACUCCUGGACAAAAUUAUGUCAUUUUGCGUCCCAAUCAUCUAAGCAGUCUAUGACUGCGGGGCUUGAAAUUCGUUCGAAGUUUUCACUGUUUUUAUAUCCCCAGUUAGCUACCUGAAAUUCCUCAUAAAACAGGCCCCUGAUCGGACGAGGUCACACCCCCGCCGAAUUAGUCUCGGUCGAUGCAAUACAUUGCCGGACCAUUGACGUCGGGAGGGCGCAGUGUGAAAUCGACCGAUUGUUUGUUCGGAUGAGGAAUCAAUCUGCUUUUGGUCGCGUAGUCGCCGCUUCGCGCAACUUCCGCUUAGAACUAAAAGCUAGGAACGUUGAAGUAUUCCUCUUGGAUGACCUGAGGCGGUGAGUGUCUUGUCCACCUCGGCCUUUCUGUGCUACUAACCAGUGAAUAUCAGAACAAGGUGGCUCAUCACUAGUUUCGUGACGAGAAAUCCUCGCGAUAGCCACGUGUGACCUCGGUUUCGUAAUCGGAUUAAUAGAAAGUUGCGGCCGCCAUUGCGGAGUCGAGUCUUCAUUUCAUCCGUUAUCAUGAGGUUAAAUUAGAGCGUAUGCACUUCUCCAGUAGAGGUAUCUAUGUGAGCCGAUGAGGCGUUGACCACGGUUCGUCAAUCCUGCGUAUUCGGUUUUUGUCGCUGGAGAAGAGGGCGCCCCCUGGACUCAUUGUUUCCGUCAUCAGAGAGCGCUGUGGGUGGGUCAGUAUCGUACAGACAUUCUUAGGUCACUUAAAUCAGGCAUUAUCGUAGCCGGCAACGAUCGGGUGAAGGACUCUUAACACACACGACUACAGGAGAGGUGGUAAUAGAGUUUUUACGGUCGGGGCCGAUGUAUGCAUAGAAGUAUGGCAAAUUCUCAACUCUCUGAGCUGAAAUGAUUGUAGAUAGUGCACCAGACCGUCUAGAACAGACGACACAACCUUGUACGCUGAAACACCACGCCCAAAUAGUCAUGUCGGACUAGAACCCUCUUAAAUAAGUUGGGUAGGUAUUUUUUGCACGCCACAGAUACUUGGGGUCCUCCAUCCGAUCCAUACCUCGUAGCUAUGCAGAAUACCAGUAUGAGAUGGUCUCCCGAAGCCCCGGUUUUCCUGUUCUGGCGCUUGGAUAUUAGAGCGUUCGCUUAAUCCCAUCUGGAUGCAGUUCGAGAGUAUACGCGCUUUUCAAUACCGUUUUAUCCAAACCUGGUGAGACGCUCACGGUUCAUAUCUCUUGUUGGCUGGAUACCUUACACCUACUAGAUUAGAUCGACUAAGGACCCCACUGUCUACGUUUUGGACCUAGCCUCAUAGGUCCGCCCUAAGAAAAUUUUGCCGCAUAUAUCUCGCCCUCGCACUGUUGUGUACGCAGUCACUGCGAACUACAAACCUUCGACUUCGAACCAAAAACAACGAGGAAUCCUGCCUCCAUUGGGCCAUUCCAUUUAACCGCCGUCUGACAGGGUUUUUGGGCUAACCUACGGGCUAUAAUGCACACGCUCUGGUUGGAUUUGCAGAGCGUCUCUUGCGCCGAAAAAAGCACUUUCCGACCAAACAACAGUAAGAGCACCUGACUUUAGCUACCCCAGUCCUACAGCGGACUAAUAGAUUCUUUUGGUCCGCAGGGCGUCUGUUCACCGUCCUGUGCAGGUCUUAAGAUGACUGAUGCAACAAGUAGCCGCGGCAUAGAUUAUUUUAGCUUCCCCUAGGGAGGAUGGUUGAGUGGAGGUGUAAGGGAAGUGACGCCUGGAUUAAAUCCGUACGCUUACCCGCCUCUACUACAACUAUCUUCGAAGAGAGGCCGAGAUCCGCUUUCUGAAGAUAGUUUGCUGCGAAGAUGAGGACCUGCACCUGUGUCGCACGCCUUGGUGGGGAUUUAACUUCUUCUGCCACUGCACCUACACCAAUCCUCGGGCAUCUUAUUACUGUGGCGGGAUGUGGCUGGAAAGUAGAAGUUGGUUAGAUGCCGCGUAAGUCCUCCCCUCCGCCAUCAGAACCGUAGUGUUUCCUGUCGUCGGAUAAGAUAGGACUAUCGUGUGUGACCGAAACAUCUCUUCGUGCGUGACCGAUGUCAUGAAAUGUUGGCCAAAAUUAUGAAAUGCGUUUCCGAUUUGGGAGGAUUACUUAAGUGUGGUUCAUAUACUGAUUAUGACGCAGCAUAACCCUAUAACCUUUCGGACUUGCCAGGAUGUCGGCUUUUGAGUGUACUUCUUUUUGACCUGCAAAAACCACACUCGGCAAAAAAUGACUACUUAAGUAGCAUGCAUUUUUCGUACUCAUUUUCGAUGGUCUUAUAAAUUCAAAUAUAUUUUACAGAAAACAUGCACAAAAAUAUGCUUUCUUUUGCUCACAUUGUCUUUAGAUUUUAUGCCCAAGGAAAGCAUAUACUUAGGUUUUGAAAAGGUUUCUAGUUAGGAGAUUUUUAAGACCGUGCGAUGUCCAUGCAUGCAGGACCGCACAUGUUCGUUUACUAAUGCUCCUCACGAAAUGUACAACACAGUCCGAUCCAUUGCAAAAUUUCAUGAACUCUAUGUGGUAUCUUCUUAAAGGCAUAGAGGAAUAUAUGAUUUUCCUUACGCGGAAAGCAUGCACCUUGUAGAAUGAAAUCGCCAAACCCUAAUGCAAUGGCAGAUCAUGCCGAAAAUUAUUCGGGAUUUAGGAAACUUUUUAAAACCUAAAUGCACACUUUCUUCGGACAUAACAUUUGAAGGCAAUGUGAUUUUCUACCAAAUGAGCAAAAGAAAGCAUAUUUUUGUGCAUGAUUUCCGUAAAAUAUAUUUGAAUUUAUAUGACCAUCGAAAAUCAAUAGAAAAAUGCAUGCUACUAAAGUAAUCAUUUUUUUACCGCGCGUUGUUUCUGCAGGAAAUCAAAAAGAAGUCCAUUCAAAAGCCGACAUCCUGGCGAGUUCGAAAUGUUAUAGAGUUAUGCUGCAUGAUAAUCAGUAUAGCAACCCCACUUAAGUAAUCCUUCCUAAUCGGAAACGCAUUCUAGAAUUUCGGCCAACAUUUUAUGAGAUCGGUCACGCACUGUAAAUUUUUACUUAUAGUUGUCUGACAUGCUGUCUUCAUGUGGAUUACCAUGUCAAAUAAUCCCUCGAAGUCUGCGAACAGCUGUGUAGGCAGUAGGCCAUUAAACCGCCUAAACUACUCGCCGAAAUUCCUUGGCUAAGAAUGUCUGACGUGGUGUCUUACACUUGUGACUCGGUUGUUACUGCUUUUCGCGAUAGUGCUCAACGCAUUGGUGCGUCCGACGUCAAUUUACUGCUAUGCAGUGAUGUCACUAACUGGUAACCCUACUAACGGUAUUUUGUAUUUUGAAGGGUACGCUGCUGAGUAUGCAGUACUCGGUAGAAAUGACGCAACAAAGAAGCCUAGGAAAAGGAGACACGAUCGCUGGUACAAGAGCUUUAUUCGCCCGACGUUUCGGAUUCCUGCUUGAACCCAUCAUCAGGAAUCCGAAACGUCAGGCGAAUAAAGCUCUUGUCUCAGCGAUCGUCUCUCCCUCUGCUUCCUGGGACUCGUCUCUUCGCUUCUAUUGGCAAAGAGGCCUAGGCUUCCGUAAUCAGGCCCGUGCAUCUUCCUAUGAAGACUUGACUCGCGAUCCUAGUAGGUCAGUUGUUUAGCCGAAAAACAGAUCCGCCCUCAGGAUCAUGAAGAAGAAGAAGAAGGGAUAUCAAUUGACUUGAACAGCUGGCUAGCUUGGCUGCAACAACUAACAGGAGUUCAGGCGUCGGCGAUCUAAUUCAAUUUAACAGUCGACGUCUUCUAGUUUGAUUUGGUGCCUGUCUAGUUGCUGAUGAGUAUUGUUAUUAUUUUCCCCUGCCUCUUACCAGGUUCUGUCUCCAGAAUACCUCAACGUGUACAUAAAGAAGGCGCACCUUGUGAUUCGAAUGUUGGAGUUGCGAUUCGGCCAGCCUGUUCUCCUGCAGGUCUUCAACAAACUCUUUGUCCUGGCACAUCUCUCAUCUCCGGUGCAGGAGACAGCUGGCGCUGGUGAGGGCGGCUGCAGUCUAAAAGACGCCAAAUCGCUCUCUGUCUCAGGGCAGACGCAACCGCAGCAGCAUCCUGCCGUCCCGCCUUGUCUGAGCGACGAAAACCAGUCCAACCUGUUGUUAUCAACGGACUCCUUUCGUCGCAUCAUCUCCACCGUUACGGGCCAGGACAUUAAGAACUUCCUCGACCUCUGGGUCUACAAGCCGGGCCACGUGCGCCUCUUCGCCAAAUUCCAGUUUAACCGGAAACGAAACGUGGUGGAGUUGGAACUCAAACAGGUAUUCCGGUAUAGGCUGGUGUUUGUGGCAUUACGUUUUCUGUGGCAGUCUGGAGCCCUCUCACACCAAACCCUUUGUUGGAUGAAGAUUAUAAAUAGAACACGUGUCCUUUCCGUCUGUUUUUAUUCGGCCGUUUUCUGACACCCCAGCUUGCGCAUGAUGUAGGUUAUAAUGAAGAAGGGGACUUAUCCAUUAAUUGACCCCGUACCCGUCGUAUCCCAAUGUCCAGAUUAGAUCAAGACUAGCGGAGCUAAUGUGAAGUAAAGACCCCGUCUUCGCCUGUUGUGAGAGGGUCUCAUGCACGCUGUUAUCGAUUUUGGAGUUUCAUGAUCUCACUACCGUCUGAUUUAGCGCGCCGACCGAAGCAGUCAAUGGGGUGUAGUCGCUGCGCUUAGCAUUCGCGCACAAUCACAGAUGAGAUCUAGGGAUGACGGAGUGGGUAUGGUCGGACUAGAAUGACCAUCCCUUGCAGCCAGACACAUGGUGCGAGUGCAAGCAGCGUGCUCCUUAACUCUCCAAACAUCGACAUGAAAUCAUGAACUAUGCUUCUGAAUAGAGAAGAAGAUAGUUGCUAUGCAUCAUCUUCCAGUAUGUUAUAGUUUACUGUCCUUUUUUAAUUUCCUCGGAAGUCUGUGUGGGGAACUUGAAGUAAGUCCUUUGGAUAAAAGCUUUUCUAAGCUCAAUCCGAAAGUUUAUGUGAAUAUUUGAGCUGAAAUUCACCCAGCUACUGCUGAAUAAUCUGAUAUAUUCGCAAGCUACCAAUAGGCAGUCCAUGGUAUGCAAAUACUGAAUGAUUUGCCAUAUUGGAAUCACAGGUACAGUGCGUGACCGAUCUCAUGAAAUGUUGGCCGAAAUUAUGAAAUGCGUUUUCGACUAGGAGGGAUUACCUAGGUGGAUUUGUAGUACUGUUUAUCUCGCGACAUAAUCCUAUAACAUUUCAGACUCGGCAGGAUGUCGACUUUUGAAUACAUUUAUUUUCGAUCUCCUACAGAAACCGUACUCGGCAAAGAAUGACUACUUAAGUAGCAUGCAUCUUUCCCAUUGGUUUUCGAUGGUCUUUGAAAUUCAAAUAUAUUUUAUAGAGACCAUAAACAAAAAUACGCUUUCUUUUAGUCAAUCAUUAGAAAAUCACGUCUUCUUAAUAUUGUAUACUCAAGGAAGGAAUAUAAUUAAGUUUUAAAAAAGUUUUCUAAUUCCCAAAUAAUUUAGGCCUGAUUAGUCGUUGCAUCAGCGCUUAGUUAUUUCAGUCAACAAGUUGUAUACUUUUCGCAUAAGGAAAAUCCAAUAUUCUUCUAUCCCGUUAAAAAGAUACCAUAUAGAGUUCAUAAAAUUUUGCAAUGGAUGCAGACUAUGUUAUACAUUUCAUGAGGAACAGUGGUAAAUGGCCAGGUACGAUGAUAUGUGAAUGGACAUUUCGCGGUCUUAAAAAGUCUCAUAAUGAGAAACUUUUUUAAAACCUAAUUAUACUCCUUUCUUAAGUAUAAAAUAAAGAGAAGACGUGAAUCUCUAUUGAUUGACUAAAAGAAAGCAUAUUUUUGUUUAUGGUUUUUAUAAAUUAUAUUUGAAUUUCCAAGACUAUCGAAAAUCAAUGGGAAAAUGCAUGCUACUUAAGUAGUCAUUUUUUACCAAGCACGCUUUCUACAGAAGAUUGAAAAGAAGUGCAUUUCAAAGCCGGCAUUCUGCCAAGUCCGAAAUGUUAUAAGAGUAUGCCACAAGAUAAGCAGCAUUACAAACGCGACCAAGUAAUCCUUCGUAAUCGAAAACGCAUUUCAGAAUUUCAGCCAACAUUUCAUGAGAUAGGUCACUCACUGUAUAUUCGAAUUUGCACGACCAUAGAAAAUCAAUGUGAAAAGUUCAUGCUUCUUAAGUAGUCAUUCUUUUCCGAGUACGGUUUCUACAGGAGGUCGAAAAGAAGUGUAUUUAAAAGUCGACAUCCAGCGGAGUCUGAAAUGUUAUAGGAUUAUGCCGCGAGCUAAUCCAUAUUACAAAUCCACCUAAGUAAUCCCGCCUAAUCGAAAACGCAUUUCAGAAUUUCGGCCAACAUUUCAUGAGAUCGGUCACCCACUGUACUAGCUAAACGUCCAUAUGUGUGUGUUUCGCCGAUCCUGUGCCACUGCAUGACGCAGCUGCGGGGGUUCUGCCCAUCAGUGGUUCCCCAACAUUCCCCGUGUGCCUCCUGGCACGUAUAGUCCAGUUGCGAUGUUGCCCUCGUAGCCGCGUCAUGCAACGUCACAAGAUCGAAAAAACACUCCUGUCUGGGCGUUUAGUUGGUGUCUGUGCUGUCAGAAUGGCAAAUCGUUCAGUGUUUGUAUAUUACUGCCAUGCCUUCUGGUAGCUUGUGAAUAGUACGCGGUUAUUCCGCAGUAGCUGGUGGAUUGAAACUCAGCUAUUCGUAUCAACUUUCGGACCGAGCCUAAAAAAGCUUUGAUCGGAAGGAUUUGCUUCAAUUUCCCUGAAUAAAUUAGAAGAGGUGACAUGGGAAAUGAGGUUUGUAUGCCAGAAGCAGAUGGGGAAUGCUGGGGUGAAGGAUUGAUGACCGGAAGUCCUCGCAGCUGUGUCAUGCAAAGGUAAAAGAUCGGCGAAACACGCGUCUGGGCCUUUAGAUAGUACCCGUGUUGUCACUAUGGUAAAUAAUUCAGCAUUUUUUAUGCUACAGUUUGCUGCUAUGAUGGCUUUGUUUUGAGGAAGACGCCUAAAAGAAUCGAAUAUUUCUGUUUUAAGAUAACUCUUGAGAUUGUCUCGCUCCUGAGACCUGUCUAGAAAACGUAUGAAAUAUUCCAGAAAGAUCUCGAUAUGCCUUCCGACGGUAUUUGAAGAGUUGUGUAAUGAUUUUUAGAAAACCUUCAAACAAGACAGUUUGUAACUCUCAGAAGUAUGUAACAAUGCAGGUUCCUUCUCAAGAAAUGCAGUGGAUUCCGGCAAAUCGGUUCUCCUUUUACCAAAACGUUACUGUUAAUUGGCUGACGCAGCCCUACCUCCCUCUCCCCAAUUAGACAGUGGUGGCGCUCAAUAGGUGGUUAAGUGUUUGUUUUCCCAGGGGAAGAGGGUAGCCAUUCAUUUUCGGUCAAAAUCGUCUCGUAUGACCGGGAAAAUUCACAAUGUCCUAUUUUGUGCUUACCACUUCUCCAAUCCUGACUACAUAGUAUUUCCUCUUUGAGAGUAUACUGUCUGAUGUCUGCCUGCAUUUUUCGCCUGGUCUUAUUAUCAAGGAAGACAGGGGUUGCAUGUUAGCCUGGCCACGGGCAGCCCGGUGUGUCUACAGGUGACGGGUGUUGAAUGUCCGUCAGCAAAGACUAGCCGCGAGAUGAGUAGGCUGUAGAGUUUGACGAAUAAGUCGUCGCGGACCACGCAGUAGUGACUGGACAACGGUCUGCUAAACGCCUUACCUACAAAAAGUCAUAAUGCAUGCAAAUCUUGCGAAAAUGUGGAGAUUGCUCACCACCAAACUUGACUACACCUGCAACCGUCCUCUACAAUCCUCGCACCUCAAGCUGGCGUGCUUGGAGACCCAGUAGAGAUAUUAAUUUUGGAAUCCUAGAAACUACCCCCCAUCCGACAGUUCGACAGGUCUGGAUCAGGGAUUGUAGACGGACGAUUGAGGAAACUUCUGAAAUGCGCGAUCCAGCGCUUCAGACUUUGCAAUUUGUGACUAAGAAGUGUUGACCUGUCGGAGCCAGCGGCAAUGCGAUUCCUUUGGAUGUGGGUCUGUAAACCGCCUCGAUUAAUGCGAAGAAAUUCUUCGUUUCGUUGAAGUUCGCGUAUCCUUGAAUUUCCUCCGCCUUGCGAUCCAUCCAGGCGUCGUGUAUCUCACGCAGCCGGUACUGCACCAUACGGCGACAUCUGGGGAAGGUUGUUUUUCAUAGAUGUUUUGGCAGAUUUUGAAUAAUUCACAUUGAUCCAACUGUGAAAAACUCGGCGCCUCGGUGGGAUUCGAACCCACGCAGUAAGGAGAAGGCUUUAGUACAGCCAACGCUCUAACCACUUGAGCUACGAGGCCCAGUUGGGUCAAUAUGAAUUAUUCAAAAUCUGCCAAAACAUCUAUAAAUUACGUAAGCCUAGUAGUCAUCUGGUGGAUUCUAGGUGAAUUACUUAGGAAAUCCUGUCUGGGCAGUCAACCUACUGUAUUAGAUUUCGUGGAUUCCAGACGUUGCAGUAGGUUGGGCGGGUAACUUGACCCAAAUGUGAUUAAACUCGCGUCGUACGGCGGGGCCUCGUAGCUCGAGUGGUUAGAGCGUUGGUUAUACUAAAGCCUUUCCCUUUCUGCGUGGAUUCGAAUCCCACCGAUGCGCCGAGUUUUUCGUAGUUGGGUCAGUAUGAAGGUCGUUUUGUUGGCGUUGGUCCGACGGUAGAUAUUGGCUUCGUGCAGCCUAUUCUUCUCGACGAGCAGGUUGCAGAUUUCUCCGUUGUUGUCGUCGAAUCAAUCCUGAUAUUGACAGCAUGCGCGACCGACGACAUCCGGGGCGGUGUAGUGAAUGGCGUUCCGCAGUUGACACCACUGUGUCUCCACGGUGGCGUUGUGAUCAACAGUCUCAGCUCUUUCAGGCAGUGAGCUAGUUGAUUGCUGAAAUCAAAGCGGUGAGCAGAAAAGCCCAAUUGAGAAGUAUCUGACUCCCCUGGUGGUAUUCUGCGAUAUUACAGUCGGGGCCUCAUUCUAGAGACGGCGAGGCGGUGCUACGUCCUGCCAUCGCCAUCGCAAAUCACCUUGGUCACCUACGCAUCCUCUCGAUCUCCCCUCCGCCCACGACCGUAGUCCAGCAGCUGCCAGCGUUGUGAUCGGGGGGUGCAUCCAAGUUACCAUUUUGCCGCGUCGGAAGGCGCCACCUCCGUCAAGUGCGGCAUGGCCUCAUCGACUUAAACAAUCGAAGAACUAUGCUCCGCACACGGUUUGGUACUGAUGAAAGCCAGUAGUGCAGGCAGGAGCAAUUUUCGCUCCAACAGGUAAAUCAACCUAGGCUCCCUCCACACACACGGAUAGAUGGGUCUCCUGCUAAAGGGCGACUUCCUCUAUAGACUUACUGUGGUCAACUGCUUAGCAUUUUCGAGAAAAGUGCCCCGUUUGUGCCAUCUGACUGCAAUCCCCCCCCCCCCCUCCUCAGCACCUCCCACAUGGACAAAGUGUCAUAUAUAACUCAAAACGGUUAAAGCAUGCACUUCAGCAUUCUCACCAACAAUCGGCCUGCAAGAUCCUCGAACCUUCUGUUGUUCAUGCUAACCUACUACGUUCGAGUUAGCAGGCAUGCACUACCACGCGAUAUGAAGCGAUAUCAGUCAUGGCAUUUGAGUGCUAUCAGACAGACGUACAGUGAGUAACCAAUCUCAUGAAAUGUUCGCCAAAAUUCUGAAAUGCGUUUUAAAUUAGAAAGGAUUAAUUAAUGGGAUUGUAAUACAGAUUAUCGUACGGCAUAAUCCUAUAAUAUUCCGGACUCGGCAGGAUGCCGGCUUUCGAAUGCGUUUCUUUUAAAUCUCUAGAAGUCGUGCUCGGCAAAAAAUGACUACUUAAUUAGCAUGCAUUUUCCCCAUUGAUUUUCGACGGCCUUGCAAAUUCAAAUACAUUUUAUAUGAAACGUUAACAAAGAUAUGCUUUCUUUCACUCAUAUGAUAGGGAGCCACCUCAUCUUCUUAUUUUAUACUCAAAGAAGCAGUACAACUAGGUUUUAAAAAAAUUUCCUAAUUCUCAAUUAAUUUGGAGCCUGAUCAGUAGUUGCAUUAGCGCCUAGUGAUGGCACUCUACGGGCUUCAUGCGUCCCGCGUAAAGAAAAUCACAUAUUCUUCUAUGCCUUUAAAAAGAUUUCAUGUAAAGCCCAUGAAAUUUUGCAAUGGUUGCGAACUAUAUUGUACACUUUAUGAGAAGCAGUGGUAAAAGAAAAAGUAUGAUGCUGUAUGAAUAGACAUCGCACGGUCUUAAAAGAUCUCAUAAUUAGAAACUUUUUUAAAACCUAGUUGUACUGCCUCUUUGAGUAUAAAAUAUGAAGAUAAGGUGGUUCCCUAUCAAAUGAGUGAAAGAAAGCAUAUCUUUAUUAACGUUUCUUAUAAAAUGUAUUUGAAUUUGCAAGGCCAUCGAAAGUCAAUGGGGAAAAUGCAUGCUAAUUAAAUAGUCAUUUUAUGCCGAGCACGACUUCUACAGGAGAUUGAAAAGCCAUGCAUUCGAAAGCCGACAUCCUGCCGAGUCCGAAAUAUUAUAGGAUUUUGCCGCAAGAUAAUCAGUAUUACAACCCUACCCAAGUAAUCCUUUCUAAUUGGAAACACAUUUCAGAAUUUUGGCGAACAUUUCAUGAGAUCGAUCACUCACUGUAUAAACCUUUCGAUUUAUCCCGACUUCUUAUGUCUUCCCCCUCGCCCUUGACCUGGGCAUCCUUAAGCAUUUCGAUUUGUCCAUUAUUCGGAUACCGCCGUUGCUUUAUCUUUACUACACUUUUCGUGAUGAAGACAUUCUUCUCCCCCCCACUCUCACGUUUUAGGACUUGCAGUCUCGAAGCACACUCAACUACACCGGCACGUUGACUGCCAUGCUUCAAGAGUUAGAUGGUCCUUUCUUGCAUACCUUCAAGUUGGAAGAGGGUCGCACUUCUCGCGACCUGCCCUGUCACUCCAAGUCCCGCAAGCACAAGAAGAAGAAGAUCCCCCUCUCCAAUGGAGAUGAGGUGGAGAUGGAUUUAGGUCGCAUUGAUGCCGAUUCACCUCUUCUGUGGCUGCGACUUGAUCCUGAUCUCCAGGUCAUCCGCAGCAUCCACACUGAUCAGGCGGACUAUAUGUGGCAUCUGAUGCUGGCUCACGAUCGUGACUGUCUCGGCCAACUUGAGGCUGUCCGUGUGUUGGCCAAUUUCGCCUCCCCAGAAACUCGACUUGCCCUGUCAAACAUUGUGGCCGACUCACGUGUCUACUUUCGUGUUCGCACAGAUGCCUGCUUUGCUCUGUGUCGUGUGGCCAACGAGCUGGCCAUAGGUACCGGCGGCGGUGUCGGUGGUGGCAAUCCCAACUCUUCAGCUUCCGCUUCCAGCGUAUUGUUACCGCUGUUUUGGCAACUCUACUCCUCCCCCAUUGCCCGCGGACUGAUUCGGCAGAAUGACUUUUCUCAUUUGCAGAGCUACUUCCUACAGAAGGCAAUUGUCCGCGCAGUGGCUACCCUGCGCAUCCAGCAGGUCUGUCCUCGCGACGUACUUAGUUUCCUGGUUGAGUUGAAUCGCUAUAAUGAUAAUUCACGCAACCCCUACUCCGACUGCUACUAUCGGGCGGAGAUCAUUAAGGCCAUGAAGGACACCUUGACACCAGCCAUCGUGAUGCGCGGUGUGCUCUCCGUGUCCUCUUUACCAUCUGAAGCCCGCACUGUGGUGGAAGAGGUAGCGCGCUGCAUGAAUCUCGACUCGCAGAUCCCCAGCUACAAGAACACCGUCACCGUGGCCUGCCUACUGGCCAUCCGCCGUCUCCAGCGCUUCAGUUUCGUGCCUGUUGAACCUACCAUUUUCUACAAGGCCGCGGCCACCGGUCGUUACAUUGAUGUCCGCUUGGCGGCUCUCGAAUGCCUAGUGGACUUUGUUCGUGGGGAGCGCGACCAGACUGCUUUGUACUGGCUUUUUGAGAAUAUCAUCGAGCGUAACGAGGGUUCCACGGACUCCUCGCACGCCCGCCUUCGCUACGAGACUGUACGUAUGCUGCUUAAGGUGCCUCCUUUCCCCCGCGGGGAGUCCGGCAGCCGACUGGACACACCCCAGCUCGUGGACCGUCUGUGGAACCUAAUGAAUUCGGGCUGUGCUGGUGAUUCCCGUCUGCGUUGUGCCGUGGCGGACCUUUACUUCAGUUUAUAUGGCAACUGUCGACCCACCUGUCUACCUCUGCCUGACGGGGUCCUCUUAGUGCGGGUGCGUGAGGGCCGUUCAAUGCUGCGUCUGUCGGAGAAGGACUGCGCCUCCACGGACGGGGAGAUGGAGGAUGGGUGUGAGCGUCUCUCCGACUACGAAGAAAGCAGUUACAGUGGCCGUGGUGCCUCUCACCGGCGCCGCGGAGGUCAUCGGUAUGAUGGGGAUGAGGAGGAUGCUUUCGCGCCUGAGACGGACCACGGACGUGAGGGAAUGGGCGAGCUGAAACGGGAUAAUACUGCCGUCUUUGAUCUCAUGGACACACCACCAAAACGGCGAAUGGAACGUCUCAGCGACGACGACGAUGACUAUCUCUAG